GCCCAAGAAAACAAGUAGAAGUGUUUGAUUCUCAAAAAGUGUCUAAUCAAGCUCCAGAUGAUCAAGAAACAAGUUUACUAGCUUCUCCUUUACAUGAUCAUAUAUUUGAAUUAAUAUAUAAUAAUGACACAAUUGUGAAAAUGCCAUUGGGUUGGAAUAAAUCUACAUCUAUAAAUAAACCUGAAAUUGUAGUUUACUUUCAGUUACUAUCGAAAAAAUCUAAUGGUAUYGUUUCUAGUGUAAUCUUGCCAGUUUUUGGAAAAACUGUAAUUGUUGAUUUUAGAGGCAAGGUACAGUGUAAUUAUUUAGGAAAGAAUGUUCCUAUUCAAUUAUUAYUACCUAGUUAUGAUUGUAAAUUAGAAUUAAAUAUUGAACUACUUACAUCAAUCAUUUGUCAAUUCCAUAAUAAAGAUAUCUGUAAAGGUGUUAAUGUCCAAGAUGAAAAUCUGAAAUUUAAAAGUGAAACCGUGUACAUUGAUGCUACAUACAACUGGAGGCAUAAAAAUUGCUCUAUUAUACUUCCAGAAGAUAAUAAAAAAAUUUGUAAAUCAUGCAAUUUGGUUAAUCAGUUAUUUAGCAAUAAAAAAUAUAGAAGAAAAUCCRAACCUUUAAAGAGAAUAUCCUUGAAAGUUACCCCAAGUAAAAAAGAAAACUUAAAACUUCUUCGAAAGCGCAACAGUUUAAAACAACGAGCUAAUACAAAGUUGCGGAAAAAAAUUGAUCAGCUUGAAUCAAUUAUAGAAGAUUAUGAAAAAAAAUUAGAAAAUAUGGAUGAAGAAUCUAUAUUACAAAAAAUUUCAUCACACACACACAAAUUAUUAGUUCGUGAAAUAUUGGCUGCUUCAAAAUGUAAAGAUUCUCGUGGUAAUAGAUAUUCGGAUAACUGGAUAAUGUUGUGUUUGCUACUUCAUAUAAAAUCACCAUCUGGAUAUUCUUUUUUGCGUGAUAAUAAUAUUAUGCCAUUGCCUUGCGUUAGAACUGUAAGAAAUUAUUUAUCUUCUAUUAACACAUCUUGUGGUUUUGAUGAUAAUUUUUUUGAACUGUUCAAGAAAAGACUUGAGUCUAAAAAUGUAAUGCAAAGGCACGGAUUAAUUGUAUUUGACGAAAUAAGUGUACGAGAGAACCUAGCUGUGAAAUCACGUACACUUUCAUAUACUGGGCUAGUGGAUUUUGGAAAAGAGGAUGAACUUUGUACUGAAUUACCAAAAGCUACUACCUUAGAUGACUUAGCUAAUCAUGGCCUUGUUUUGUUAUUUCAACCACUGGCAGAUAAUUAUUCUCAACCUAUAGCU